GAAGAAUGCUCACUGGACCUUAUGGACAUUUGUAUGCCAAUGUCCCUUACAUUUGUGGUCAGUGGAGAAGAAUGUCCCUUACAUUUGUGGUCAGUGGAGAAGAAUGUCCCUUACAUUUGUGGUCAGUGGAGAAGAAUGCCUCUUACAUUGGUGGUCAGUGGAGAAGAAUGCCUCUUACAUUGGUGGUCAAUUGGAGAAGGAGGAAGAUACACUAAAGGAGCUCUCCCUGAGAACCAGAGUUUUUGAAGCCUGGGACUUGCCUGCUAGCUUGGCCCAGGAACCAUGCCUGA